AUGAAAACAAAGAAAACAGUUGCUAAAGAUGAGAGCAAUAAGUCCCAAGUGAAAAGUGAUUCUUCCAAUCGAGUAUCCCUCGUGAAACGAUUUGACGAAAUUUGUUUCUCCAUCGGAGACUGCGAUGCUGUUGAACUCAUUGAUGCCGAAGAUGGCACAACGUCGUCUGUUUGCUAUUUCGAACUGCAGGAACACAGCAAAUCACUGGCUGCUCAACUGUUCCACCGUUAUCGUCCAGAUUACGUCUUGGUGGAUUGCAAGGGGUGGGUAGUUCCAGAAGCUGUAGCAACUCUGGCGUGUAUGAGACUUGAGAUUCCUUUUGUUCCAGUCUCGUGUUACGAUCAGCAUCGACCUGGCAAGUUGGAGCAAGUGGUCCACUUGUUGCAACAGCAGAAGAAAACAAAGAAACAUACAUCUUCUACCUUACCAUCCGUGGUGGUGGCCGUCACGGUGUGUGACAAUGAUCGCGAUCCAAUCCUUUCCGUGUUUCAGCAAGCCGGUGUGCACCAAAUACUCUACUUGGAUGCCAAAACUGGAAGUCUGAACGAGCAAUUGAAUGUUCCAGACAAAAUACUUGCACAAGAAGAUAUUAUUGUAGUACAAGAGUCGCCACAAGCAGGCAAGAGAUCAAAUAAUAAGGGCACCAUUGACCCUACCGACGACUUGUACGUUCUGUUUACUUCCGGAACAUCCAGGGGCCCACCAAAGGCGGUGGUUGGAUCCCACAGUGCUACCUUUCAUCGAAUUCAGUGGUUUCUGGAUCAUGUGGAGCAACAGCAAACUGACACUAAUAAGAAAAAAGGCGGGAUUGUUGGCAGCAGUCGGAUAGGCCGUCGCAGCAAAUUGACCUUUGUGGAUGGGGUCAACGAGCUUUGGAGUGGACUCUUGGAUCCAACGAGCGUGCUGGUAUCCGUACCACUGCAACACUUGCAAAAAAAGGGGAUUGCUUGUCUCUACGACAAGUGCAGUCAUCUAUUACUAUUGCCCAGUCAAUUGCAACAAAUGCUACUCCUUCCCAAAUCGCAAUCGCUGAAACGGGUGCUGGUAUCAGGAGAAGUGUGCUCGUCGUUUUUGGUCACACAAUUCUACGCCAAGUAUGACUUUACGGAAUGUCAAUUGUACAAUCUGUAUGGCCAGACGGAAUCUACCGGAGAUGUUUGCUUUGCCCUGUUGACUCCUCCUCCUCCUCCUGAAAUAAGUCGUCAGAAUGAAAACAGCAACAACAAUUUUACUGUUGUGGUUCAAGGUUGUGUGACGAUUGGAACACCCAUCCUCGACACGAUUCAGAUCAAGUUACAGAAUGUGGUUCCAGAUGAAGCAUUUGAGGAUGCUAACACAGAACAACCAGUACAGGAGUUGAUUCUGAUGGGUGCCGAUCAGCUGGCCAAUGGAUAUUUGACAGAGAGUGGUGAAGGUCGGCAACCUUUUUCCAGUUUUGCCACUGGCGAUAUUGGAUUUCAUGAGAAUGGUCAAUGGUAUAUCCAAGGACGGAAGAAUGAUAUUGUCAAGAUGAAUGGGAUAUGGACGAGUCCAACUGAAAUCGAAGCAACCUUUUCCAAGGCCUAUGAAUUGUCCCAAGCCACAAUGGUAGUCGCUGUCAUUCUGCCGGAUUCAACUGGUGGUCAAGACUCGUCUGGUCAGCAACAAUACAAAUCAUAUGUUCUAUGCACGGAAAGGAAAGCCUGUCAGAAAUUCUCUAGAAGAGACAUGCACGAAAUUCAGCAGGUUCCUUGGAAUGCUGUGCCCAAUGACGUCUUUUUGGUCGAGAGCAUACCACGAUCGACGAGCGGUGCUGCCAAGGUAAACCGAAGAGCAUGUACGCAACUGGUCGUGGAAUUACUCGAGGCCCGACGACAGAAAGGGCCCUCGUCCAUGGCUCCUCAGGCCGCUACCACUCCCAACAAUGAUGGCUCCAUCAUUCUAAUAGAAGCCACCUUGUUGUCUCUGGUUGCCAGUGCACUUUCAAUUCCAAUCGAAUCAGUCGACAAAUCCAAAUCCUUUGUGGAAAUGGGAGGAAACAGUGCCACCUCCAUCACCUUGCUCUAUCUGAUCCGACAAAGGCAGCUGAAUCUUGACGCUCAAGUUUUGGCGGAGUUAUCUGUGCUUGAUAUUUUGAAUGCUCCUUCCUUGGAGCACUUAUGGGCAAGGAUGACUGGGGCUGAACCUCCUUCCAAGCGUGUUAAGGUAGUAGCGGCGGCGGCUUCUUCUCACAGCAAUUAUGAGGAACCAAAACUUGUCUCUCAUUCGGCGUGCCAUCAAUCUAUCAGACUACAAGCCUGUGUCGAUGCAACUCCACUAUUAGUCGAUAGUAGUAGUAGUAGCGGCCAAGUCAUUUAUGCCGCUUGUCAAGGAGGAAUGAUUGUCAAGUUCCAAGCAGAAAGUCGUACCAUAUUGGCCCACAGGUAUUUUCACGGAUGGAUGAUUCAAGCCGAUUUACUUUAUUUGGAGGAUUCAAAAAGGCUUGUUGUCGCUGCCCAUUCCAUGGAUGGUAAAGGAAUGAUCUUGGUUCUCUCAUCCGACUUGAACACAACUCAUUGGGAACAAGAAGUCCUGGAUGGACCCGUCAAGACUGCACCUGUAUUGCUUCAAAAUCAAUUAUGGGUACUUGCAGGAUCUACAGUUCUUGCCUUGAAUGUCGCAUCCGGGACGCGGGUAAUAAACAUUGAAGUUGUGUUGCCUCACCCAUGCUGUACGCGCCCAUUGGUCGUUUCAAAGAAUGAUGGAUCGAACCACUUGGCCUACGCGAGUUCGGAUUGGGACGCCUGUCUAAUGAUGAUCAAUACUGCUGAUGGAAGUAUCACCAAAAUCUUGGAGUACGAAAUUGGUCCGGUGCACAAGGGUAUGCUUCCAGUCGACGACGAGACUGCUUGGAUCGCUGGUUCUUAUGGCAUUGCCCAUCUAGUCAAUUUGGAAAAGGGCGAAGUCCAAAUGACCCAACAGCCUUCCAGUAGCCCCCUUUCUUCCAUGACCAGACUGCCGAAUAAUGCCAACCGAUAUAUCGUUGGAAGCUAUGAUGGAGUAAUUCGAUGCUUGGACUCUGAAAAAGGAGUACCAGUAUGGGAAACACCAAUUGGUGCUUCCAUUUACGCCAAACCGACAAUCAUUCAAUGGAAGGAUGGCAAUGACAAAAGUGUUAAAGUGGCCACUAUUACUACUGCUACUACUACUGCUGGUGAUGUAGCAGUCCUGGAUUCUGAAAAUGGGACAAUCCUAUGGCGGCAUCGGAUUCCAGCAGAGAUUUGGUCCACCCCAGUCUUCCUUUCCAAGUCAAAGACCAUUGUUUUUGGUGCACGGGAUUCAUGCCUGCACUUUAUCCAGAUUCCGCUGUAG